AUGCUGAAGUUAGUUCUUAGAGGCCCUGCACUCCUCUCGUUUGUGGCUUUUGUGAUGGAGGAGGUCGUGUCCAACUGUUUGCACUGUGGUCCACUCUACUUUUUUGAAUUUGUCAGUUGCUCAGCCUUCCUCUUCACGCUGUUGCUCCUCAUCCUCCUGGCCACAGUGUUGCACCAGAGAAUUGGAAUUAACUGCUGGCCUACUCUGGAUUUUGGUUACACAACAGGCAUGGCAAUCCUGUUCCUCCUUGCCAGCAUUGUGUUUGCGGCAGACAAUGGUCAGACUGAUCUGGAGCAGGGCGCAGUGGCGUUUGGCUUCCUGGCCACGGUGGCCUUCUUUAUGGACGUUGGUUUGUUUGUGAAAAAUCACGGUAUUCCUUGCCGAAAGGGAAACAACCAACAAGCAGACGGCACACCCAGACCAGAGAGUGAGAAACUUAAUUCUAAUGGAACUGACUCAGUGAACUGAAGCUUUUACCAGCAGUUUGCUGACGUAUUCAAAAGCUUUUUUCCCUUUUGUCAAACAAUUUUUUUAUACAUGAGAAAUGUUUUUACCCAAAGAAAAAAAAAGCAUAAUAUUUCCAUUUCGGUCAGUUACUAACUGGCAUGUUGGACCAGUUUUAUAUUGUGCCUGAAUUAUUUUUAUAUUUUUCAUAAGUCGUAAUUUUACAAGCGAAGUAGACAACAUUCUUACGAUAUCCUUUAUAAAACAAACAAAAAAUAUUUUGGCCAUACAGAGUAUACAUUUGUAUGAUUACACAAAUUAAGUCAUCCUAUCCUUAUUGGAGUGUAUGAGCUGCGCAAUUUUAGACCAUUUAUUCUUAUGAAUUAACAAGUACAAAAAGAUGCACUGUAUUUCAUAAAGAAGUACUCAUUCCUGAUUGUUUUUAUAGUUAUAUAUGCUUUCCUGAAAUAAUAUAUUUUGGAGAAAAAUCAGGAUUUGAUCAUGUUGACAUUAAUGAUUUAUUAGUACCUGUUUUACAGCCCAGGAAUAUGAAUAUGAUAUCGGAUAGGAGGCUUAAAAAUCAUGAAAUAUUUUCUUUUAACACUUGCACUGUAUACACAAAUGUCAUUAAAUCAUUUUUACUGUAAAGAUGUUUAGUGAAUGUGGUGACGGCAAGAUGAAGAUGUUAUGGCUCAUGAUGAUCAUGUUUCGCUGUGCAAAGGAUGUCAGGGGUGUACAGUCAUAGAUUUUUUUUUAUUUUUUAUUAUAACGUCAUUUUUGUAUUGUGUGGAACUAGAAGUGUUGUAUAUUUUCUUUUGUGCUUUAUCUUGUUCCAUGUGAGCCCAGAUUGUGUUUUUUUGUGAGCGUGUUAAUCUAUGAACAUGAAGCAUUAAAUCUAAUGGAAGUUUAAUACCCUUUCCAAACAGAUAUUUGUCUUUAUUUGGAGGUAUGUGCGUGUAGGCCCAAAUUAGUUUGUUUAAAUGCCCGUGGAGAUGAACGGACUGCAAAUUUUCUGAGACACUAAUCUGCCUGACGCUUCCACCCUCCUGUGCUGUACAACUGACUGCUGCUUUCUUAUGUUAAUUAAACAUUGUGUAUAUUUAAAAUCCUGAUAUUGUGUUGAUGCUUUGAAAAUAGCCACUCUCUUAUUAUUCCUUCUUAAGAUAUGGAUCAGUCAUCUGGUUAGUUUUCAUUUUUGUAAGGAUUGUAUGAUUUUUCAAAUGAAAAGACUAGUGGGUCUGUUUGAAUACCAGCAUUGUUUCUACAAAAAGUCACAUGGAACAUUUUACAGCACUGUUUUUGUAAACAUCUCUGCAUUCCAGUUAAACAAUAAAUAGCGGGCUCCGAA